AUGACCAGGACCAGUCUGGUGUUUGAGCAGGUCGACGUCGGCACACUGCACAGCCUGCUGCACAACAAGCGAGCAGAGUUCCCAGUCCUGCAGGAAGGGUGGAUCCUCUCUGUGAUGCUGCAGGUCUGUGAGGGUCUUCAUUUCCUCCACAGGGGGGCACUGGUGAUGAGGGCCCUCUCUUCACAUAGCGUGAUCCUCACAAAGCUCACAGUCGCUAAACUAAGCUGUUUAGGCUUCAUGGUCUCCAGCAGUGAGACUUCCUGUGUUAAUCCCCCCCACUACAUGGAGCUCCCCCCCAGCCUGCACAGGUGGGCUGCUCCUGAAGUCAUCAAACAGAGAGCCUGCAGGGAAGAGGCUGACAUCUACAGUGUGUGUGCUCUGAUCCUGGAGCUGUAUACAGAUGAUGAACCAUGGGGCACAUUGGACCCGCUCAAAAUCAAACAGGCGAUGGAUUCAGGACAGGCCCUGUCAGUAAACAGCGUUCCACUGCCGUACUAUGAGCUGGUGUCCGCAGGCCUGCAGCUGGAGCCUCAGAACCGGACCUGCAGCCUGCAGACUCUGACAAACACACUGCAACAGGACAUCAAGAGGCUCGGCAUGGAUGAACAGUCGAGGGUUAACAUCAGUGCUUACCCAGAGCCAGAUCCUGAGUGUGGAGUCCAGACCAGAACACAGCAAACCACUGUGAAGGAACAAGUACAUAUAGCUGUUUGUAGAGCUUUAAGGCCAGUCACAACCCAAGUAAGCACAGAAGAGGAAAGUGAUGAAGUACCUCUUAACAAACAGCUGGACAGAAGACCACAGUGCGAGCCAGACAGAGUGAGUGAUGCAUGUUCAGAAGGAGAACCGAUGCUCCCUCACCCUCACACACUCAUCCUUCCUCUGCUUAGUGAGUCUGACUCAAGCAGUGAUGAUGAAGAACCUGACUCAGUAACAGAUGAUGAAGAACCUGAUGCAGACAUGGAGACGGUGGAGCAGCUGGCUGGCCUGAUGCAGCCCAAAAUAAAUCAGCAGAUCAGUACAAUAUCAGUGAACCUAAAAGUGUCGAGGGAGCUGCUGCAGGAGGCACACAGGAGUCUGGACAUGGUGGAGAACCACUGCCAGCUGGUCCACAGAAAUGCUCCUCCCUGUAUCCAUGACAACACAUCCUCCUCCUCCUCCUCCUUCUUAUCUAUGUCCUCAGAAGAUCCUUGUGGGGUCACAGCUGCUGUUGGACCUCCUUCAGAGUGGUACACUUUCUCCCCGUAUGGGAGAGAUGACUGGACAGAGAACCUGGUGUUCCAGCUUCUGAGCGGAGACUUUAAGCUUCUGAGUGAGGAAGAGCUGUCUUUGUGGCUGAGUCAUUAUCCGGCUGAUCAGAUGCAGUGUGAGCAGAGAUGGUCUCUGCCAGGUCUCUCUACAGGAGAAGCUGAUCAGUGCUCGGAGCAGCUGAGUCAGUAUGUGUCUGCUCUGGAUGACAGCGACCUCAACAUCAUGUCUGACAGGACGCAGCAGGUACACUGUGGCAGGCCACAUAAGUUACUUACUUCCAGGUCAGAAGAAGAUGCAGAUGUAUCAGUGGAGGUGUGCAGACCAGCAUCUACAGGGAAUCUGCUGGUGGAUACUCAGAACACCAAGUACGAGAGUUUCCCCAAACACUGUGAAGAAACUGUCACUGAUGCUGCUGUCGGUCAAACACAACAUGCAGCUAACACCAACAUGACGUGCUCUGAUGUGGCUCUGUUAGCUGAAAUGUCCAGCAUCACAUGUUCCCCGGCUCAGCUUCAACAGAAACUCUGUAGUCCCCCUGUGAACACACGAGCCCUGCCCUAUUACAGUACCCCUUACAGUCCAGACACUCAUCGGCGCGUGAAGAUUAUGGAGGCCGAUCUCCCACAGUCCCCUGCAUGCAGCGCCCUUCAUUCUGCCAACCUGAAGAGUUUCAACACAGCAAGAGAAGACUCAAUACAGGGCUUCAACAGUUUCCAGCCUCCGCCUUUCAGUAUGCACUCUCCCUGCAGCUCCCAGACCUUCAUCACUGCCUGCCUGCAGAGCGAUACCACAUCACACACCGCCAUCGCCCACAGCACUGAGGAAGAGGAGUACAGAAGUGAGGAAGAGGAGGAGGGAGAGAGAGCAGGGGGCGCUGAGGCAGAGCAGAGGGAAGAGGAUGGAACCAGCCUUAGUCGACCUCUGGUACAUUUGGAGGAUGAAGAGCAAGCGGAUGAAGAAGAGGGGAAAUCAUCACAGACUGCGAAAGAAGGCAGGGACGAAGAGGAAAACAUGGCAGAGCGGAGUGAGGAAGAAGAGCAUGUUGAACAAGGAUGUGAUGAAGAGGAGUGUGUUGAUGAGUACACUGAUGAAGAUGAGCGUGUUGUAGGGGGCAGUGAUGAAAAUGAGUGCGAAGGAGGCAGUGAUGAAGAUGAGCAUGUUGAAGAGGAGUGUGUUGAUAAGUACACUGAUGAAAAAGAGCGUGAUGAAGAGUAUAGUGAUGAAGAGGAGUCGGUUGCAGGCAGCAGUGAUGAAGAAGAGCAUGUUGAAGAGGAGUGGGUUGAAAAGGGCAGUGAUGAAGAUGAGCGUGUUGUAGGGGGCAGUGAUGAAGAUGAGGCCGGCCUCUGUCACCCACAGAGAGAGGUGAGUUCAGGAGCGGAGGAGGAAGGGUCUGAGGACGAGGCUGAUGACAGGAGGAAGGUGACAUCAGGAUUAUUUGAUCAAGAAACAGGAGGUGCAACAGGCUUACUGCCUGGGUCACAGAAGAAGAAGAAGGAACACCUGAUGGAGUCACAGCAGAGUCUACUUGAAGACACCACCAGAGCUCACUCUACCCUGGACGACGUCCUGCAGGAGUUUGAAUGUGAGGAGGAAAGAGAAAGUCCAGGAGCCCAAAGAGACGGCAAAAUCCUGUGUGCACUGUUUGAGGGACCGACUGGUGACCAUGACGAACACUCAGCAAGACAGAGACACAGUCAACAGCAGUAAUGGAGGAGUGUCGGGGCAAGAUGGACACUAAAUGUUGUCUAAAUGUUUAAUUUGUUAAAGUUCCAUUAAUGUUCUGUUUGUUGUAAAUGUUUGCACCUUGUUGGAGUAAACCUGACGUCAACGUUUUAAAAUGUUUGAAAAUCUGUUCAGAAAUUAUUCUAAUCAACACAGAUCAUUUGAUGUCCUGUUUAGUUUCCAACCCUUCAAAUGUUUGAGCUGAAAGUCUUCAUGAAAUGAGGACAAACACAACACUGUGAAAAAAAGGUUUUAUUACACAAUGUUCUGUUUGACAAGGUUUCAAUAAAAGUAGAGCAAAAGUCAAAAGAAGCUCUUUUUUUCUCUCUGACCUGACCUCUCUUUAGAAGAACACUGAUCACAGAUGUUUAACAUGAUUAGAAUACAUUUCC